AUGGUUGUUCUUUACACUCCAUUAGAAGAUCUGGUUGCCAAGAAUGACCGGCAUUGCGAAGACUUAGACAGUGACCACACAAUUGAACAAAACCACCUUCAGCACGGCUACAUUGAACUCAGUAAGACAUUGCCAUGGUUCCAUGAGAAGCUUGCAAGUCUUGAUUUCGAAGAGUCAGAGGAUAUGCUCAAACAGCUACUCUGCCCAGCGGAAUGGUGCUGGGAAGAUCCAGUUGUCUGGGCCAGAAUUCGUGACCGUACCACCACUUUUAUUGUUUCUGAAAACUCAUGGCCUAUGUUCAUGUAUGAAAAUUAUGAAGCCAAUAUGAAGAAUCUGGAGCAUGGUCUCUUCAAGUCCAAGCUAUUAGUCAUGCCAUUUUCACAUCUCCCUCCUUGGCCAACAAAGUUGAUGGUGAUGGCAAUGGCAUUGAUAUCAUUGAGAAUCACCAACGUGCCCAGAGAUGAUCAGAUCACACCAAAGUAUGAGGAAGGUAACUCCUUGCACGAUCGCAUAUGCAGCUUGCUAGACUUCUUUGAGGAUCCUCCAGGUCCAGCUGUGCUAACCAGAAAAGUGUUCGGACAAAAUCAUCGUCAGGACUUAACACCGGAUGUUAUUCUUCACAUGUCUGUCAACAGUCUUGCUUCCCAGAGACAGCAAAUGGAGGACACCACAUUCGACUCUGACUAG